AACAACAUACUUUUGGCAAAAUGGAGUUUGUUGUUUGAUAGUUUUCAACCGGUGUAUUGUAAAAUAGCAUUAAAUAAUUUGCUCAAGAUAAGUCAAUGCAAUAUAUUUGACAGAAGUAAUCAGAUUUAAUGUAGAAAGUGUAAUCAAAAUUUAAAGGUGGCAAGCAUAUACAUGGAUUUUAGAAAAUUGAGUUUCUAGCAGUUCCAGCAUAAUUAAUAAAAAAAAUUUCAAAAUGGGGACAAUGAUUAUGGAAAUAUUUUAUAAUUAAGGUUUGUGCAGAAAAAAAGGGGCAAAAAUGGCUACAAACAUUUAUUCUUUUUAUAAACAAAUGCAUCCACCAACAACAGUGGAGCAUUGUUUAUAUUGCUAUUUCUACAAUUCUUGGGAACAAAAUUUACUUGUUGCUGGAGCAACUGUAUUGCGCAUAUAUCGACUAACUCCUGAAUCUGAAGUGCCGACAAGUGGCGAACCCAAAUUAAAAUUAGAAUGCAUUCAGGUGUUUCCUUUGUUUGGAAAUAUAAUGUCAAUAAAAGCUGUAAGACUAGCUGGUUCACCAAGAGACGCUCUUCUUCUUAGUUUCAAAGACGCAAAAUUGUCAUUAGUUGAAUAUGAUCCUUCAACUCAUGAUUUGAAAACUCUAUCUUUGCAUUACUUUGAAGAAGAAGAUAUGAAAGCAGGAGCAACCCAUCAUCCAUUUGUUCCAGAAGUAAGAGUAGAUCCUGAUGGCCGCUGUGCAGCAAUGGUUGUUUAUGAGAGAAGCAUUGUUAUUCUUCCAUUUCGUAAAGAUACUAUUACAGAAGAACCAGAAAUAGCUGUUGGAAGUGCACACAUUCCCUUUGGCGUUAAAACACCAGUACUUGCUUCUUAUACUAUAAAAUUUUCUGAUAUUGAUGAAAAAGUCAAUAAUGUUAAAGACUUCCAAUUCCUGCAAGGUUAUUAUGAACCUACUUUAUUAUUAUUGCAUGAACCACUAAGGACGUGGCCAGGGCGCACUGCUGUGCGACAUGAUACAUGUGCUAUCUUGGCAUUAUCUUUAAAUCUCAAUCAAAAAGUUCAUCCUGUUAUUUGGACUGUCACUGGAUUACCUUUUGAUUGCUUGUAUGCAAUGGCUGUUCCAAAGCCCAUAGGUGGAGUUCUUCUUGUAGCUGUAAAUUCAUUGCUCUACCUUAAUCAAAGUGUUCCACCAUAUGGAGUUUCUUUGAAUAGUUUUACUUAUGAAAGUACUGAUUUUCCAUUAAAACAACAAGAUGGAAUAAAAUUGUCAUUAGACUGUUCAUCAUCAGCAUUUAUUUCAUAUGAUAAACUUGUGAUAUCUUUGAAGGGAGGAGAAUUGUAUGUACUGACUCUUUUCAAUGAUGGAAUGAGAAGUGUGCGAGGUUUCAAUUUUGAUCGAGCGGCUUCCAGUGUUAUAACAACUUGUAUGUGUGUAUGUGAAGAAGGAUACUUGUUUCUUGGUUCACGAUUAGGAAAUUCAUUACUUCUUCGAUAUACUGAAAAAGUUGAUAAUGCUGUUCAAGAAGUCAAAAUAGAAGAAAAUUCAAUCAAACAGAAUUCAACAGAGGAGCAAAAUGGAGAGGCCAAUGAAGAAUCAGCUGCUAAGAAAGCUCGUCUAGAUAAUAUGGAUGAUUGGAUGGCUACAGAUGUAAAUUUAAUAGAAGAUCCUGAGGAAUUGGAAGUGUAUGGAAAUUUAGAACAGACUACAAAGCUAGUGACAUCCUAUACAUUUGAAGUUUGUGACAGUUUAUUAAAUAUUGGGCCAUGUGGAAGAAUAUGCAUGGGAGAGCCUGCAUUUUUAUCUGAAGAAUUUUCUGGAAAUGCAGAUCAUGAUCUUGAACUUGUCACCACUUCUGGAUAUGGAAAAAAUGGAGCUUUAUCUGUUUUACAGAGAACCAUUCGGCCACAAGUUGUCACAACUUUUGAAUUGCCUGGUUGUGUUGAUAUGUGGACUGUCGUCGGGCAGUUGUCUGAUGCUGAGAAUUUGGAAGAAAAAUUACCAGAGGCAAAAGAAGAAAUCACUGAAGAAAAUCAAAAUAAGCAGAGUUUGCAGAAUUCUCAUGCAUUUUUAAUAUUGAGUCGAACUGAUAGUAGUAUGAUUUUGCAAACUGGUCAAGAAAUCAAUGAAUUAGAUCACAGUGGAUUCAGCACACAAGCACCUACUGUGUUUGCUGGCAAUAUUGGGAAUAAUCGAUUUAUAGUUCAAGUUUCUCAAAUGGGUGUUCGUCUUUUACAAGGUUCACAACAGGUUCAGCAUAUCCCAUUAGAUGUAGGAUCUCCUAUUGUUUGGGCUACAGUGGCAGAUCCUUAUGUUGUCAUCAUGAGUGGUGAAGGUUUGGUUAUACAGUUGUAUCUUAAGGCAGAUGAUUUUGGAACUGGAGCACGGCUGCAUGUUUCCAGACCCCAACUUGCUCAAGUGAAAUCCCGAGUGUCAUCUUUAUGUGUUUAUAAAGAUAUCAGUGGUUUGUUUAAUACAUCGCCAAGAAAAGAACCAGAAGAAACUUCACAAGUAACAAACACUAUUGCUCCUGUGAUAAAUGUUGCUGAUGUUUUGAAAAUAAAUCCUGAUGCUAUUGAUGAUGAGGAUGCUUUAUUAUAUGGAGACGUUGUAACACCUGUUGAAAAGGUUGUUGAUGAAGUGAAAGCACCUGGAAAGAAACCAAGACAAAAAAUCGAAGUCAAAGAAUACCCUCCUACAUUUUGGUUAUUUAUUGUACGAGAAAAUGGCAUUUUAGAGAUAUACAGUUUACCUACUUACAAACUAUGUUAUUUAGUGAAGAAUUUUCCCAUGGGACAGAAGUAUUUGGUCGACAGUGGUCAAGCAACUUCAACAUUACCAAGUGCUUCUGAAAAAUCUUCAGAGAAAUUGCAUGAAGCCUUACCAAUUAUUCAUGAAAUUUUAGUUGUUGGUUUAGGCAUUCGAAAUUCAAGACCUAUGUUACUGGCUCGUGCUGGUGAAGAUUUACUUAUAUAUGAAAUUUUCCCUUUUUAUGAAAUUGAAAUAGAAAAUCACUUAAAACUGAGAUUUAGAAAGGUUAAUCAUGAGCUUUUAACUCGAGAAAGGAAGUUAUUCAAAUCAAAGAAAAAUGAAGAACCUGAAUCUACUCCUCUCUGCAAACGUUGGCUGCGUUAUUUUGUAGAUAUAUCAGGCUAUAGUGGGGUGUUUGUGUGUGGUGCAAAUCCAUAUUGGUUGUUCCUCACUGCUCAUGGUGAACUAAGAAUUCAUUCAAUGACUAUUGAUGGUGCAGUUACAUGCUUUGCACCAUUUCAUAAUGUGAACUGUCCAAGGGGUUUCUUGUAUUUUAACAAACAGGGUGAAUUGCGCAUUUGUGUUUUGCCUACUCAUCUCAACUAUGAUGCUCCUUGGCCCGUGCGCAAAGUGCCUUUACGAUGCACUCCUCACUUUAUUAAUUAUCAUCCCGACACAAAAACCUAUUGUAUUGUUACCAGCAGUUUGGAAGCUUGUUCAAAACUUGUGCGAUUUAAUGGAGAUGAGAAGGAAUAUGAAGCCAUUGAAAAGACUGAUGAACGGUAUAUAUUCCCAAUGACAGAAAAGUUCAAUAUGCAAUUAUUUUCACCUGUGAGUUGGGAAGUCAUACCCAACACAUUAAUGGAAUUUGAUGAAUGGGAACAUGUAACAAAUGUCAAGAAUGUUAUGCUUGCAUCUGAAGGUACUCGGAGUGGUUUGAAAGGAUACAUUGCUGUGUCGACUAGUUAUGCUUAUGGUGAAGAUGUGACAAGCAGAGGACGGAUCAUAAUUUUAGAUAUUAUCGAUGUUGUUCCUGAGCCUGGUCAACCUCUCACCAAAAAUAAAAUGAAGACUGUUUAUAGUAAAGAGCAGAAAGGUCCUGUGACAGCAAUUUGUCAAGUUUCUGGCUUCCUUUUGAGUGCCAUUGGACAAAAAAUUUACAUCUGGCAGUUAAAAGACAAUGAUUUGAUUGGUGUUGCAUUCAUAGAUACACAUAUCUAUAUUCAUUCAGCAAUAUCUAUAAAAAAUCUAAUAAUCGUGGCUGAUAUUUAUAAAUCAAUCUCUCUUCUAAGAUAUCAGGAAAAUAGUAGAACUUUGUCACUUGUUAGCAGGGAUGUUCAGCCAUUAGAAGCAUAUGGAAUAGAAUUUCUUAUCGAUAAUGCACAAGCUGGCUUCUUAGUAUCGGAUGUUGAGAAAAACCUGGUAGUAUUUGCCUAUUGUCCAGAGGCCAGAGAGAGUUUUGGAGGAUCAAGACUUCUUCGUAAAGCAGACAUGCACCUUGGCUAUCAAGUAACAUCAUUUUUUAGGAUAUGUAGUCGUCUUGGAGAUUUAGCAAAUUAUGAUAAGCGGCAGGCUGCUAUUGUUGAAAAGAGACAUAUCACAAUGUUUGCCACAUUGGAUGGAGGGUUAGGUUAUAUUUUACCCAUUUCUGAGAAAACAUAUAGAAGGUUACUAAUGUUGCAAAAUGUUCUAGUAGUGAACAUUCCACAUACAGCGGGUCUCAAUCCAAAAGCUUUUAGGUUAUAUAAAAGUCAACGGAAGUUACUACAAAAUCCUCAUAAGAAUAUUCUAGAUGGAGAUUUACUGACCAUGUUCUUAAAUCUUUCCAUUUCAGAAAAAAAUGAAGUUGCAAAACGCAUUGGCACUUCUUCUGACCAGAUUCAUGAGGAUUUACUUGAAAUACAUCAAUAUACAUCAUAUUUUUAAAAGGAAGAAAUCCUUUUAAACUAUGUUAUAAGGAACUUAAAAACAGCAUUUUAAAGUGCAUUGCGUUGUACUAUCUUCUGUAUUAUAUUUUGUCAUGAAUUUCAUUUUAUAAAGCAAUUCA